ACCGGCUCCGGUAUAAGAGCAAUAAAUCAUUUUGGGGACCGGGUAUUAUGUAAGAGCUGGUCCGGAGUAGACCUAGUGAUCUAGAUUUUUUGCGAGGUGCAUUGUUUAUGUAUAUUGUUGACCUGGUGAAAUAGUUUUUUCACUUUCAGCUUGGAAAUAUGAAUAAAGCUAUCUUUGUAAUUUUGGUGGCAUUUGGUGCGGGGACAUAUGCCGACAAGGACGACAAGAGAUGGGUUUGGAGUGGAAACGGUAGAUCCAAUGAAAACGCUCGAAAUUAUAAUGGAGGAGGAGUAACAGUAGUCAGACCACAAACUAAAUACAACGUAUAUGAAGACAAUGACUACCGCCCUAAUGCGCCCAUAAAUGGGGAUUAUUUCACCCCAAACGUCAUCAACCAGGGAUCGCUGGUACUUAACGAAAGGCCGCCUCUUUAUGAAAACAGACCACCCGUUUCUGGAGUUGGUUUUCUUCCAGAAAAUAGACCUGGUGGAGUAUAUAAUAACAUAAAUCGUCCAUCGUAUGGAGGAUCAGGUCCGUACAUUCCCGAAGGAGAUGAAAGCCCCGGAAUUCUAACUGGUCCAGUACCAUCAUGGGUGAAAGAGGGACCCUUCAAAGAGUUCGACAAGUGCAAGUGCACCGAGAAAUUCAACUGUAACAGUCCAGGAAUAUCUUACGGCCAUUGCGAUACAGGCAAAUCGUAUUGCUGUUACUCCACCAAAAAGCUCCAAGGAGGACCUCUUCCUAGCAAACCAGUGCAUUCAAUAGAAAACGGGAUUCUUGUUGGACCUGGUGGACCAGUAGAUCCCAUCCCGGGAGUUGCUAGUUUUAAUAAACCACCUAAACAAUUUGGAGGAGCUGGAUAUUACAGACCUGGAGGAUUCCAAGGACAAUACAACAAUCAUGGAAGUAACUAUGCUGGUAUUCGUGGAGAACCAAACGAAUAUUCUCCAGCUAAUGGUAUUCUUGUGGGACCUGGUGGACCCUAUGACCGGCCAGGAGCAGGAUUUUUAGAAGCGCGUUCAGGAAUAGCGAGUAAAAAAGCCUAGAUAUAGUUUUAAAAUAGCUACUCUAAAGAAAGGGACCACCAUUGUCUAAUACGGUUUUUAUAGUUCUAUUACAAGUGUAUAAGAUGUAUAGAGAUUAAUUCCUAAAAGAACAAGCAAUAUUGAAGUUACUUCUAAAUAAGAUCCAAAGUUUAUCUGUUGUAUAAAGCUAUUGAUUUUGAAGUGUAUUUAACUUUUUUCAUCUUUUAAGUUAUUCUUCUUCGACUUAUUUUUUAAGACUGCCAUAGUUUGUAAGUAAGAUAGAGAAAUCAUAUGAGACGUCAAGUUGCAAAACCCGCCUUACCAAUUUAAAAAAAAUGGCUUAAUGAGAUACAUUAAUAGUGGACCCUAAAAUCUACAUAAACAUAGUCCAAACUGCAGCAAAACUCGCCUAUUGCUAUAUAAAAUUCACUACAAAUUACGUUACUGCAGCAAAAUCAAUCUCAUCCACUUAUAUUUGCUUUUUAUUGUAAUUAUUGUUGCAAAUUCGGCAUUUUUUCAUAGGCUUUUUACACAAGUAUAAUAUUACUACAAUUUUAAUAAAAUACCUAAUAAUUCCAAGUUACGAUGCAAAUAUCUUUCUUUAGCAAAACCUGCAAAACAAAACGCAUACAAAAUAUGUGUCCAUUAAGUGGAAUCAUUGUUUUAUAUCUCGUUUUUCUAGAAAUAAAAAUUAAUAUUUAAUUUUUAUAAAGGAAACACA